AAAAAAAAAAAUAGUUAAAGAAGAGGAGAGAAGGAGAAGGAGAAGGAGGAGACCAAGUGGGUCAGUGGCCACACGCUCUGCCCCGGGCAUUUCCAUGUGCCCAACUGGAUGAUUGGAGUCUCCGCGGCAAUUUUGCGGACUCAAUCAAUCAAACAAACAAAUUCUAACAACACAAACAAGAGAAUGAUCAUCAUCAUCCCAAAAUAAUUGAACCUCAACAUUCCUACUUACCCCAAUAACCACACAAUUCUCAGGACACAAGGAACAAGAACAAGAACAAGAGAUGAAGGAAGGGAAUGAUGGCUUUGUUAGAGCUGAUCAGAUUGAUCUCAAGACCAUUGAUGAGCAGCUUGAGAGGCACCUCAACAAGGUUCUGACCAUUGAGAAGAACAAGCAGAAGCAAGAUGGAGAAGAACAACAACAACAACAAGAUGUUGUUGCUGUUGCCACUGCCACCAAGUUGAAGAGUGUUGUCUCUUCUAGUUUCAAGAAGCAGAGGCAGGAGUGGGAAAUUGACCCUUCUAACCUCAUCAUUAAAGGUGUCAUAGCCCGUGGAACUUUUGGUACUGUCCACCGUGGUGUCUAUGAUGGCCAAGAUGUUGCUGUUAAAAUGCUGGACUAUGGUGAAGAAGGGCAACGGACCGAUGCUGAAAUCGCAGCCCUGAGGUCGGCGUUUACACAAGAAGUUGCUGUUUGGCAUAAACUUGAUCAUCCAAAUGUGACAAAGUUCAUAGGAGCAACAAUGGGAUCUUCAGAAUUGCAGAUACAAACUGAUGAUGGUCUAAUUAGCCUGCCAAGCAAUAUUUGCUGUGUUGUUGUGGAGUAUCUUGCUGGAGGUGCGCUUAAAUCUUUCCUGAUAAAGAAUCGAAGAAGAAAGUUGGCUUUUAAGGUUGUCAUCCAGUUGGCACUUGAUCUUGCAAGAGGGCUGAGUUACCUUCAUUCUCAAAAGAUUGUUCAUAGAGAUGUAAAGACAGAGAACAUGCUGUUGGAUAAGACACGCACGGUUAAGAUUGCUGAUUUUGGCGUCGCCCGUGUUGAAGCGUCAAAUCCGAAUGACAUGACUGGGGAGACCGGUACACUUGGUUACAUGGCUCCCGAGGUCUUAAAUGGCAACCCCUAUAACAGGAAAUGUGAUGUGUACAGUUUUGGAAUCUGUUUAUGGGAAAUAUAUUGCUGUGACAUGCCAUAUCCCGACCUCAGUUUCUCGGAGAUUACUUCAGCCGUUGUUCGCCAGAAUCUGAGACCAGAAAUACCAAGAUGUUGUCCUAGCUCUCUAGCAAACGUGAUGAAGAAAUGCUGGGACGCGAAUCCUGAUAAACGACCUGAGAUGGACGAGGUAGUUUCCUUGCUCGAGGCGAUCGAUACAUCGAAAGGUGGAGGUAUGAUCCCGCCUGAUCAGCAGCAGGGUUGUCUUUGCUUUCGCAAAAGCCGAGGGCCUUGAGCUUAUCUCCUUGGUCCAGCAUACUAUUUGGUUAAAAGUAAUAUCUCACUAUCUAAAGUAUCAAUUAUGUGUCUAUGGUCAGAAAACAGGAUUUGAAUGCCACUAAGAGGAACAUAUAGUAGAGGGUAUAGGAAGAAGUUUGUGAAGUUUUAUUUCUUGUGUAAAGUCAUAUACCCCUUGUUUUAUUUUAUUCUAAACUCUCUUUCUUCUUGGUUUGGGGUUUUAUGGGUAUGAGUACUACUUAUAGCUUCACAAUGUUUCCCAUAUAGCCUUGUAAGUCAUCACCUUUGUACGAUCUUCACUAUGUUGUAAUCAUGAUUGAAGUGAUUAAAUUGGAUCUAUUUAUUAAGCA